AUGCAAAAGCUGGCUUUACGCAUAUUAAGUCGAUUUUCUCGUAAAUCAUUCAUUCGUAGCGCUUGGAAAAAUUUAAAUAGUUUGAGCGAACACGAUGAGUUAGCAGAAGCUUUAGAAACUUUAAUAUCAAUGUCUCACGAAGAAAAUGAAUUUAUAGAAUUAAUUACAGUAAUUGUAGAUGUUCUUUCAGAGGCACCAAUGGCAUCAGCUUUUUUAUAUAGUGCAGCCCUACCCUCAAAAGAAACAUCUCAUAAAAUAACAUCAAGGUUACUCCAAAAACUUAAACCAGGGGGCAUAUACAGAACAAAACCAAAGAGAAGAACACGUGUUAAUGCAUCAACAAUUUGGAGUGUUCUUGCUGAGAAGUUGGCAGGCGAGAUUAGUUUAUCAUUAUUUUCGGAUAGUGUAUGUAACACACUAUUGGAUUAUCUCCAAUAUGAUAAUGAUUCCAGUGUACAAUUAUUUGCCCUGAUUGCCUUGGAGAAAUUUGGAAUGACGGGACAGAAUAAGGAAAAAAUCUUUACUUCUGGCAAGAAUAUUUAUAAAAUUUUACAGACUAUAUCAAAGGAAUUACAGUCCGAUAAUGGAUUGUCUGCAGAUAAGAAUCGUCGAAUGCAAUUAAAAUUUUGUGUAGAAUGGGCUUUAAAAAAUACAUUUGAAUCUAAUAAUAAGGAGGAUUCAUGGGAUAUAUCAGCAGAGAGUUCUGUAAAUUCAAAUAUUAACGUCAUGCUAAAUCCAUUGGAUGCUACAGCCCAUUGGAAAUUAUCGCCAAACGGCUUAGAGUUAAGGAAUGAUUAUUCGACGUUUGAGUCAAUACGUGCGACGAUGUCUGUUUCUUCAGGGAAAUGGUUUUAUGAAGUGAUAUUAUUAACCAAUGGAAUUAUGCAGUAUGGGUUUGCUUUUGAUGGUUGUCGAAAUUUCUUAUGGGCUGGCGGUAUGUCUACAUCAUAUGGAGGAAGCGAAUCUUGGAAACCGGGAGAUGUCAUUGGUGUAUAUAUGGAUGUUAGUCUGGGCUGUGUUCGAUUUUAUUUGAAUGGAAAAGAUUUGGGUGUAAAAUACCCUUUCCAUUUUGCACAAUUUAGAAAAUACCCACCACCACCAUCAUUUUUUUAUCAAACAUUUAAUAGCCAGGGUCAAUUGUCGUCAGAGCUACGUGAUUCAAUACAAAGGAGAAGUUGGCGUACGUCACGUUAUCGCUCCGUAAUAUCGAACUCUGAUUGGAAGCAACAAUUAGAAGCUACAGAAGAAGAUUAUGAUGCUCAAUGUUCAAUUUGUUUUGCCAUGCCUCCUAAACCUAAUAGUAAUUCUAGCCUACCAAAUACAAUUACAAAACUUUCAAUUUCCUCAACGUCCGCCUCAUCAUCCUUAUCAUCACCAUCCACCGCCAUAGUUUUACCACCAACUCCACCUUAUUCACGACCUGCAUCUUCUAUUACUUCAUUAGAACCUGAUAUUUCACGUGGGUUGGAGCAGUGA